AUGGUGAGGAACUAUUAUAAACCACACAUUUCACAAUCUGUUCUCCAAGUCCGCGACAUAAAUCUGCUAUUGCUCAACGAGGCCCCCGACGACGACCUCCUCCUCGUCUCUCUCCUCUGGUCUCGCGAUGCGCCGCGUUUAUCUGAAACUACUCGCCAUCUCCAUCUCAUCGCUCUACCGCGCGCACUCUUCUCUGUCAAUCUGCAGACCUGCAAACAGCUCAAAGCUUCUGUACAUCCAUUCUCAAUCGGCGAUUCUCUCGGGCACAGUUUUUGCGUCAUCUUAGCGUCCUCAUCCGCGCAUGAACUCAGGUCAAUAUACAUGGAGGAUAUGGAGCAUCUCAUCUACGCCGCCCCACGUGUCGGCAAUGCACUUACAGAGCUCGAGCGACUGGAGGACAUCCAUCUGUAUGGUGUCAGUAAUCUUGUGCGGGAGAUACUCCCCAGCUUCCGCAGCCAGGCGGGCCAAGUCACUCUCGCAGGCCCCUAUAGUCCUCGGAGUCCUAAACCGUUCUUUCAUUUCUCUGAGCUCACUUUGCAACGUGCGCAUACUAUCGAUGUCGAACGGGUUGCAAUUGUAGAAUCACCCUCGAGCUCGUUCUCCCUCAAAGUGUUGGCGUUUGCUUCUCAGUAUGCCGCCCUCUCCCUAGUACCUGGUCUCCCCUCCUGUCUCGCUCGCCGUAAAUAUGCCGGUUUUUGUUGGUCGUGUUGGCCCUAG